ACCAAUCAAGACUGGGAGGACCUUUUCCUCCGCUGGGAGCACCAAUUAUGUAAUCAAAAUGGACUGUGCGUAGAGUUUCUCGCUAUUCCCGCUGUCAAAUCAGAUCUAAAAACAUCGCUUCGGAGGCUGACUGGCUGCUGGGAUGCUACAAUUACGGAGGCUGUUCCAAGUGGUGAGCUUAUGAGUACAAGACACUAA